CAAAAAUUAAGGAAAAAAAACACCAACGUCCUCCAGAUUUCCCAUACACCGACAAGCAAUCGUAGCACCAAUACUCGACUCCUGGACCGCCCUGCGCCAAGCCAAUAAACCCGGCAGAAUAAGCAACACCGCACACCGCCCAUCGCAAUUUUAUCUUCAUUUUCCAGUCCGACCCUCCACCGAUCUACCUACUAUCCCAACCAAACUAAAUCCCCCGCAACACCGCCAAAAUGGUCCGACAACUCAAGCAUCACGAGAAAAAACUCCUCCGCAAGCACAACUUCGAAACCUACAAAUCCGACAACGACCACCGCGAAUCGACCGUCCGAGCCCGCUACUACCUGCAGCACCCGCUCGACUACAAGAAGUACAACUCGCUCUGCGGAUCGCUGCGACAGCUCGCGCACCGGCUGUCGCAGCUGGACCCCAGCACCGACCCCCUCCGCAAGAAGAUCGAAGCCGACAUGCUGGACAAGUUGUGGCGCAUGGGGAUCCUGAAGCAGAGUCGCGAGCAGGGGGCCGGGCUGUCGCGCGUCGAGCGCGAGGUGACUGUUUCGGCGUUCUGUCGGAGACGGUUGGGCGUGGUGAUGGCGAGGAAUGGGAUGGUGGAGAAUAUUAAGACGGCCGUCACGUUCAUCGAGCAGGGCCAUGUCCGCGUCGGAACCGAGGUCGUCACCGACUCGGCGUUCUUGGUCACCCGCAACAUGGAGGACUAUGUCACCUGGGUGGAUAGCAGCAAGAUCAAGCGGAAUAUCAUGCAGUACCGCGACAAGCUGGACGAUUUCGACAUGCUGUGAGGUUGCUUGUUGGGUUGGCUUGAUGAUAUGGUAGCAUGGGACUCGUGUCGGUGUCGGUGUCGAUAUCUAUGCUUGAGAGUGGUGGAUGCUGUGGAAGUUUCGCUCGAUUUUACACACUUCGGUUGAUAUACCCUAUAUUUCAGUUCAUAUUUAUGUCUGUAUCUGACGAUGUUGAGAGAGUUUGAUUGGAUUUGAGGCCACGGCGUUUUUUGGGUUUGAUUAUGGGAUGAAAAGUUGUGGAUUGCUUUAUUAUUAUUAGCACGUUGCAUUGGUAGAAUUAGAAUCAAGAUCCAUCUAUAUGCACAUAUAUGC